GACGAAUUUCAUUGUCGCGAUCGCUUCAGAAAGAUCUGAUAAGCUGCCACCGUGUAUAUAGUUAAGACUAUACCAGAGAGAUUCGUUAUUAUGGCCCUUGCCUUCCAUCAUCUACACAUGUCCGUUGACCAUCAGCCACCAUGCCCAGGCUGUUCAACCUAUCUUAUUGAGCCUUACAUCCGAUGCGUGAUCUGUGGUCCUCCUCAUCUCAAUAUCUGCCUACAUUGCUUUUCCAAAGGAUGGGAGAACAGCAAACAUCUAAGCAGCCAUGAUUAUGACAUCAUCACUAAUGAAUUUCCUGUGUUGGAUUCAGCGUGGAGCGCUAAAGACGAAACAAAACUACUGGAUGCUAUUGGAGACUGUGGGAUCGGAAACUGGCAGGACAUAGCCAAUCAGGUUCCAGGGCGGAGCAGACAUGAGUGUGAGCAACACUACACCAAGAUCUUCGUUGAGAGCUCCAAGCCUCCGUUUCCUGAGUUUCCUGAGGAGAUGAAGCCAAGCCAAUCUAAGGCUAUACCCUGUCGAUGGAGUGAGGAUCCAGUUCGACCAAUCAGAGACUCCCAGAAAGCCAUUGAUAUGGCUGGCUACCAUCCUGCAAGAGGGGACUUUAACACGGAAUAUGAUAAUUAUGCUGAAUGUGAUCUGAGAGAUAUUUACUUCCACAAUGAAGAUGAUAAACUCUUAACUGAACUGAAAUUUGCUGCAGUAGACAUCCACCAGUCCAGGAAAAAGGAAAGACAGCGAAGGAAAAAGAUCAUCAGAGAUUUCGGCUUGAUUAAUCUGGCGAAACAGAACUUGCAAGAGAGAACUCACACAGAGGCAGUCCGUAGCCUGAUCAACAAACUCAAACCGUUGGCCAGACUACACACACCGCUAGCACAGGACAAGCUACUGGAAGGCUUAAUAUAUGAGCUUGAUUUGAAGACUGAAAUUGACAGGUUGCAGGAGUAUCGAUCAAAUGGGAUCAAAAACAUGAUAGGUGCACGGAUGUAUGACAGACUAAAAGCCAAGCGAGCCAAGAGAGAGAAGACUCAUCAUCUUAACGACGUCUUGGCAACCAGCCAAGAUCCCAUCGCAUGCAGGCAAUGGCUGCUUCGCCAGGCACUAGUUGAUGCAGGCCACUCUGAGCUGCUGCCUAUCCUACCCUGUGGAGGACGGAAGUCAGCCCCACCUCUUGAUCUGACUGGUUUUGCUGGCUACGAGAAACUCAACGAAAAAGAGAGAGAACUGUGUGCUACGGUUCGUAUCAUCCCUGAAGCUUACUUUGAAUACAAACGGGUAUUCCAGAAUGAAUGCGAGCGGGUUGGUCAUCUCAAGCUGAAGCAAGCCCGCAAUCUGAUCAAGAUUGAUGUCAACAAGAUCCGUAAACUCUUUGACUUCUUGGUCAGGGAGGGUCUUGUCAAUACCAGCUAGCGGGACUUGAACCAAGGACCUCUGGACUGAUAGUCCAGUGCUCUAGCCAUAUCCACAAAAAUGUGGUUUGCAUUUGGGUUUGGGCAUUGUUGAAGUUCAAACUCUUUGUCGAGUAUGAGUAGUUUGACCCUUGAGUUCUGAUUGUGAUUAUACCUCAUGCAUUGCAUAUUUUUAAGCAAGAUUUGAAUUCUUACCAGUCCAUUCUUCAUCAUGUGUCAGCCGCUAGUUUUGUUAUUUACCAAGUGCACCCGCGAGGGUUCACGCACAGGGUAAAUACAUAAAUACGCUUGCACAGUCGACCAUCGCAUGGCAUGCUCUUUACACAGCAAUCCACGAUUCCCAGCAUACGUCUGCGAUUGGAGCGUGUACAAAACAUAUGGGAGUCAUCCUAAAAAGUUGAAAGAGUACAAACAAAAGAAGGACAAUAGGACGUCCACGAUCGACGGUGUGAAUGACCACGUGCGCAUGCACGAACAUCGUCCUAGCUACAUGAAUAGAUGGCAGCUCACACACACUGAGCAAUGUUUUGCCAAGAUAACUGAUUCAUGACUGGUGAAUAUGUAUGAGGUAUAGUAAAACAAAUAUAUCAUAUUAUAACAGAUAUAACAUAUUUGAAGUUGGCAAACUAGUUCUCUUGACUACAUGUAGUUCGACUUGGGAACUAGUUUGCCAACUUCCAAUACCUUGGGAGUUAAUAUUGACUUUCCACCCUCAAACCAUGUUAUAUUUCUAUACUAACUAAACAGGGGACAGGGUAUAGUUUCUCUCAGGGAAAUAAAAAGAAUUUUCAGGUUACAGGCAUGAUGAAAAAAAAACUUGCCUGUAAAUAUUUUGUUAUAAUUUGUUGCGUCAAGUCAGUUUUGGGCCAUGUGGUGGUAAAAAAAAAAGUAAGGUUUACCUUGUUUUUGUUUUUAGUUUUGACUCAAAAGAAGUUAUUUGAUUUUGUUUGGCAAGUGCACAAAUGUUAUUUAGGGUCCGUGAAUUACAUUCCAAGACUUCCCCCGAAAUAUUGGUUCCAGUGUUUAAAUUUUGCCAAAAAUACUAAUUAUGGCUUUUAUAUUCUAUUGCCCUUGAUAAAAUCUUUGAAAUGAUGGGCUAACAUGCAUUCAACAUAUAUUGAAUAAUCUACCGUAUUUGGAAUUUUUUUUUUUGGUUUAAUUUAAUUGGGGGGGGGGGGGCUAUAAAAAAAAUGGAACAGGAAACCAUUAAACAAACCAGAAAUAAAAACUCUCAAUUCUCUCAACGAUACCAGUUUUGUUUUAUUUAUCAAAGCAAAAACUGUACAGAUGAUUAUCAAAGAUGAGUGUUUAUAACACAAGACUCUUAUUAACCCGAUGCAAAGAUGUACAAAUCGUGUGAAAAUAAACAUAUUUAGUACAAAC